GUUACGCUCAAAAAUGCCAACGACAUCUUGCCAGAAUGCAGAGGUAUUUGCGUUUGCCAAGUCAAAGGGCAUGGAUCGGAUUCCUGCUAUCUGGAUGUGGGGAAAGAGGCAGCAGCUGAAGCGGUUGGAAUCCUGCGUGACAAAGUCAAGGGCGACACGAUCCAGAUCUCACUUUUUCAGGAAGCACCUGUUUCCGAGAAUUUGCUGGGCAGCCUCACCUUGGACCCCGAGACCAUGCGGGCUGGAUGUGCUAGCACGGUCAAGCUGCCACUGGUGUCUGGUGGCGAGGCACAACUUCUUCUCGAAGUUGCGGAAGCCAUUUCGUCCACGGCUCAGGAGAUGUCCAAAAACCAGGGCCGCAGGUGGCAGCUCCUCGACGACAACCUGACGCAAAAAGUCGGAAUCAAAGCCGAGUCCUCCUCUGCCACAUUAGGACAGUGCCAGGAGCAACCCGAAAGUGAAAACUUGGCGUUGCAGAUUGUCAAGAGCCAGUGGUUCGAUCGCCUUUGCGCCCUUCUGAUUGUCAUCAAUGCGGUGAGUAUUGGUCUGGAGGUGGAGCUCGUGGCAAACAACGUGGUGCCUGCAUCCUCCACGGCAUUCCGCACCUCGCAGAUCCUGUUUGCGCUGCUAUUUGGUCUUGAGCUCGCCCUUCGCAUGCUGGCUUAUGGCGGUCGUUUUUUCUCAGAUCGCAUUGACAAGCCGUGGAACCUGUUCGACGCGCUCAUCGUGUCAUUUUCCACAGCUGAAAUUGUGCUCAGCCUGUUCAUAAGGGAUAGCACUGCGACCUUGUCGGUGGCGCGUUUUGCGCGAAUCAUACGAGUGGCUCGGAUCAUUCGGGUGACUCGCUUCUUUCGGCAGCUUCGAACAUUAGUGUACACCAUACUUCACACUUUGACAUCUCUUUUUUGGACCGUCCUAGUGAUGAUCAUCAUUAUCUAUCUUUUCUCGGUUGGCAUCACAGCGGCUGUCUCGGAGCACUUGCAGCGACAGCCCGAGCCUACCGCGCAGAGGGAUCGACUUUGGGAGGACUUCGGCACGAUCGCCCGAACAGCUUACACUUUGUUCAAGGCAGUUUCAGGCGGUGUGAGCUGGGGAGAACCAGCGGCGGAUCUCCUUCCUGUGGGACCUCUGUACUUGUUCUUGCAUCGUGUCUGA